AUGUCACCAGCAUCCGCAGACGUCAUGGCCAGGGCAUCGGCGUCGGCAUCCACAUCCACAUCCACAUCAACCGCCCCCCUCCCAUCCCCACCUCCAAUGCUCACGAUCGACCCCACAAGCGGGCUCACCCUCCGCGAAUUCCUCCCAGACGAGGACGCGGCGCAUUUCAGCACGGCCGUGCUCAAGACGAUGACGAUCGCCGAUCAGAGUGCGUUUGUGCUUGCGCAGAGGGAGGCGCUCGAGGCGUUUAAUGUUGCGAAGGCAAUUAGGCUUUCGGAGGAGACUGCGGCGCUGGAGGCGAAGCGCCGUACGGACGCUGCUGCUAAUGCGAAUGCGAAUGGGGAGGCUGGUAGCAGUACCAUCACUGCUACUGCUACUGCUACUACUGCAGGUGUUGCAGAUCAAGCAGAUCUCAAGCCUUCAGCUUCCUCUAUUCCAUCUCCUUCAUCCGGGCCUAUUAGCGACAAUGUAGCGCUGCCGAUCACGAUAACAAAGAGCGUCCGACACUCACCCUCGUCCGACGAAGCCGCUGCAUUCUCGUUGGCGCGCUCAUGGCGCGUCGACGCGAUACAGCCUGCGCUGCUUGAAGAUCCUAAUUCACUUCCAUUGCUAUCGCACUCUCCUCCUACAUCGUCGUCAUCUACUACAAAAAAAUGGUCGACUGCGUCGCAGUCGUCUAUGCUGCAUCUCCAGAGCCUUCAACAACAACAGCAGCAGUAUGAGAGCUCCGGUGUCAGAACACCAUCGAGUCCCAUUGCAAAGCACCAUUCUCAUUCUCAGUCUCAUUCUCAUUCUCAUUCGCAUUCUCAGUCUUAUUCUCACUCUCAGUCUCAGCAAAUAUCAUUAUCAACUUCUCCUACAUCGUUUUCUGCAUCAUCUUCAGCUUCAGCUUCAACUGCAACUGCAACUUCAACACCAGCAUCCGCAUCUGCGUCAGCUUCAUCGUCGUCCAUGUCCAUGUCCAUUUCACGUGCCGCUUCUCAGUUAACUAAUUCCAAUUCCAUUCCCAUGUCCGCGUCCAUGUCAGCUUCUCCGCCUGUACUUUCUACGGCGUCAGCCGCUGCGUCUGCUUCAGCGGCUGCUUCAGCACACCACCACCACCACCACCAUCAAUAUCAUCAACAGCAUCACCCGCACCAGCAGCAGCAGCAACACCAUCGCAUCGAACACCGAUCCCUCUCGAAGAGGGACCCUUCGCCCCCGUCCGCAUCCGUAUCUGCAUCAGCAUCCGCAUCGAUGCCGCCCCCCGUUGCAAUUUCCACAUCCCCUUCUUCUUCCCCUUCAUCAUUUCCUUCAUCGUCGGCGUCGUCGGCUGCGGCGGCGCUUCGCAAUCACACAUACGACGCGCCCCACUCGUCACGCCGCCGCGCGGAGCUGUACCCGCCUUCCUUAUCCUUAUCCACAUCCGCGUCGCGUGGUAGCAAUCAUAAUCAUAAUCAUAAUCAGAAUCAGAAUAAUGCAAAUGGCGGCGGGUCAGGACUCGUAGCCCCGUCAAUGUCAAUUUCAGAAUCUAAAAAGUCGACGGCGUCAGCUAGGGAUGUGCGUUUGGGGCUUAUUAUGAAUCCGAUCUUUGAGAACGCGUCUGCGUCUGCGUCUGCGAGCGCGUUCGCAUCUGCCAGUAGUUCGGGUGCGGGUGUGGGUGUGGGUGUUGGAGUUAGUGCUAGUAGCAGUGCAGCGCCCAAGGCGAUGGAACGGCGGUCCCACUCCCAUUCCCACUCGCGCGUCGGGAGUACUAGUACUGGCGGUCAUGGACAUGGGCAUGGGCAUGGUCAUGGUCAGAGUCAGGCUCAGGCUCAGGCUCAGAGUCACGGUCAGGCUCAGGCUCAGGCUCAGGCUCAGGCUCAGGCUCAGGCUCAGAGUCAGGCUCAAGGUCAAGGUCAAGGUCAGAGCCAAGGAGGCAGCGGCAGCGGCGGACGCGCAUUGCGACACUCGUCAGACAGCGAUCUCUUCACUGCGUCGCGCAAUUGUGUGAAAUGCGGGAAUCUUGUCGCGUCGCCACGUCCAAAACCAUCAUUCGAACACGACCCAUUCGCCCUCCCCUUCUCCCCAAUCCUGCACCUAUCCUGCAGCGCAUGCCGCACAACCCACUGCCGCGGGUGCUUCACCAUCGUCCGGUGCCCGCGCGACUGCACAGGCGGCGCACAAUGCACCGUGCGCACGUGCUGCCCCGACAUCCAAGCCAUCGCCAUCUUCGAGGCUUUAAGCAGCUUCGACCAUAUUUAUGCGGUGGAGGCGGGCGUCGCGGGCCAGGGGAAGGGGUGUGGCAGGGGUACGCAGGGACGGAUGAGGAGGGCGUAUGUGAGGCUUGUUAUGUCCAAGGCGGAUAAGAGUAUGAGGAAGUUUGAAGAUGCGUUUGUGAGGACUUUGAGGAUUCUGAUUAUGUGGCUUGAGGUGCCGAUGAAGGAGAGGUACCGCGCCGACGCUGACGCCGAUGCCGACGCCGACACAGAUGUAGAUGCAGAUGCAGAGGGGACCCAGGCAAAGAGACGCACGGCGCGGGGCGUGCACCGCUCAGUAACGUACCUCUUCGCAGCGUCCUACCUCCCCGAAGUCAUCCACGCCUUCCUAAGCAACACCAACGUGCGCGACUGGAUCGCACACAGCGAGACAUACACCGCCGUCCUCGAAACGCUACGGAAGAUGUUCGACCUAGGGCUCACCUCGAUCCUCAUGCGUCCCUUAAGGCACAUCGACGAAAGCUGUGGGCUGCAGGGGGUCGUGUGGGAUAAAGGGACAAUUACGUGGGAGGUGGAUGGUGCUAGUGGGCGCCCGGUUGAGUCGGCUUCGCUGUGUGAGUUGGUGAGGUUGUUGGAGAGGAAGAGGGUGCCGCUUAUGGGUGUGGCGGAGAAGAUGUCGUUUCCUGCUACGGUUGAGAAGGUGAAUGAUCUUUGUGAUAAUAUUUCGUAUUUGCUGUUGCAGCAGCUUGCGAUUUGA